AUGCUUUCCGCGUCCGUCCACCGACUUUGCUGGGCUGCUCGACGGCAAUGCCAACGAGCUCCACCACGGCCAGCAGACCGCAUACUCGUCCUCAGCGCCGCCUCUCAAAGUCGUUGGGCAAGCACUAAAUCCGAGACGGCGACGGCGACCCCGAAACGCAGAAGGAAGAAGACUGAUACCUUGCCGCAACCGAGCGUCAACCUUCCAGCACCGGAGAAAUGGGCGGAGUCGUUCAAUGUCAAGCUCUCUACGAAGCCAUUAUCUGGUCGUAUCUCAGUGUCCAACCCUGAAACUGCGGACAAGCUUGCCAAUGCGUUCGUUCCAGAGGGAUCGAAGGAUAAAGUCAUCGUUGAGGCGUAUCCAGGACCCGGACAACUGACGCGGUCGUUGUUGAAACUACCACGAGAACGUAUCAAGAAAAUCGUCCUAAUGGAACCAAUCCCUGGGUUUUUGGAAUGGCUCAAACCUCUGGAAGAAUUGGACGACAGAAUAUCAGUUAUGGCAGUUGACCCAUGGAUCUGGAGCUCCUACGACGAACUCCAGGAAGCCGGACACCUCGCCGACGUCCCCAUUCUUGACUGGAAUGCAGGAGUUCACCCAACCCUCCACUUCAUCCAACACCUGCCAAGUAUCGUUCUGGGGGAACAGCUCUUGAACCAGUACAUCCGAACCAUACCAGACCAACAUUGGCUCUACAAAUACGGUCGGAUUCCGCUGGACAUGGUCAUUAGCGCUAGAAUGCUCCAGCGCCUAACAGCUACCACUCAAGACACUAAUCAACGCGGCAAACUUGGGGUAUUCCGUGAGGCCACAAGCGUUGUUACCACCCCCGUCCCACCUUCCGAACUCGACCCAUACGACGAACACUUUUACCCUGUCCGUAAAGCAUCUACGUCCAAUGCUUCCAAGGCACUGGAAGAUCGCAAAGCUGGCAAUCCCCAUCUGGCGCUAAGAAUUAUGGCUCUGGACGAACCCCUCAUUAAACCCAAGACUCUGGAAACUUGGGACUAUGUCACACGGAAAUUAUUCAUCUCCAAGGCCACCCCUGUUUCAAAGUCGAUCCAGACUCUCGCACCUGGCGCCAACGCCAUCCUCAAGUACCUCACCGAUCCCGACCUGCCUGCUGAGCAACAGCUCGAUGUCAGCAAACGGCCGCAAGAGUUGACAGUACACGAAUGGGCUCUCAUCGUCAACGCAUUCGACAAGUGGCCUUUCCGCCCCAAACACCUCGGCAUCGACGUUGACUUGAUCACAACAGGCAAGAUCGCACGCAAGUAA